CGGGCGCCGCCGUGGGCGCUCCCCGUCCGCGUCCCGGCCCCCCGCCCGGGCUGACGGAGCCCGCCGGAGCCGGCGGAGGAGGAGGCACCGGAAUGGAGGGCGAUCGGCCGGAGAGCGCGGUUGCCAUUAAGGGUAUCGAAAGAGAGCUUAUCUGCCCAGCAUGCAAGGAGUUGUUUACCCAUCCACUGAUCCUUCCAUGCCAGCACAAUGUCUGUCACAAAUGUGUGAAAGAAAUACUUUUUGCAUUUGAAGACUCUUUUGCUGAUGGAGGCUCUGAAUCCUCUAAUCAGAGUAGCCCUCGAAUCAGAAUCUCUGCUUCUAGCAUGGACAGAAUUGACAGGAUUAGUAGAUCAGCCUCACAGAGGAGGUCUUUUGGGUGGAGAGGCAGAAAACGCAAUUCACUGACUCCUAGAUCAACUCUGUUUCCUUGUCCGGGUUGCCAGCGGGAUAUUGACCUCGGAGAACGUGGCAUCAAUGGCUUAUUUCGCAACUUUACUUUGGAAACCAUUGUGGAAAGAUACAGACAGGCAGCCAGGGCAGCCAUUGCUAUUAUGUGUGAUUUCUGCAAACCUCCACCUCAGGAGUCUACAAAGAGCUGCAUGGACUGCAGUGCAAGCUAUUGCAAUGAAUGUUUCAAAAUACACCAUCCUUGGGGAACUCUGAAAGCCCAGCAUGAAUAUGUAGGACCAACCACCAACUUCAGACCCAAGAUUUUGAUGUGUCCAGAACAUGAAAUGGAGAGGGUAAACAUGUACUGUGAAAUCUGCAGAAGGCCUGUUUGUCAUCUCUGUAAACUGGGUGGAUGUCAUGCAAACCAUAGAGUAACAACCAUGAGCACUGCCUACAAAACCCUUAAGGAGAAGCUUUCAAAAGAUAUCGAGUACCUCAUCAGUAAGGAAAGCCAGGUGAAAGCUCACAUCACACAGCUGGAUCUGCUGCUGAAAGAAACAGAGUGCAACAGUGAAAGAGCUAAACAAGAAGCAUCUCAGAGCUUUGAGAAAUUAUAUCAUGUUCUGGAAGAGAAGAAAUCUGCAGCUCUUAGGGCAAUUGAAACUUCUAAGAAUAUAAGGCUGGAAAAAUUGCAAACGCAGGUGGAAGAAUAUCAAGGGCUCCUGGAAAAUAAUGGCCUUGUAGGAUAUGCUCAAGAAGUGCUUAAAGAAACUGAUCCCUCUUGUUUUGUUCAAACAGCAAAACAACUUCAUGUCAGAAUCCAAAAAGCUACUGAAUCUCUGAAGACCUUUAGGCCAGCAGCUGAAACUACUUUUGAAGACUUUGUGGUGGACAUUGCUAAGCAAGAAGACAUCCUUGGUGACUUGUCCUUCCAUUCCAAUGGUCUAGAAAUACCAGAAAUCAAUGAAGAGCAGAGCAGAAUGUACAACCAAGCUCUGAUCAGUUGGGAAUGCCCUGGGAAGACAGACUCAGCUGACAUCUAUGUUCUUGAGUAUCAUAAGCUAAAUAGAGAAGAGGAGAAUGUGACAUGGCAGAAGACUGAAGUUUGUGGCAAGAGCAAAGUAGUGUCUGAUCUAGAUGAUGACAGCAGCUAUGCCUUUAGAGUUCGAGGAUAUAAAGGGUCCAUCUGUAGCCCUUGGAGCCGAGAAGUUAUUUUGCGUACACCUCCAGCUCCAGUUUUCAGUUUUCUUUUUGAUGACAAAUGUGGGUACAACAAUGAACAUCUCCAGCUGAACCCAAGAAGAACCUCUGUGGAAAGUAGGGCUGGAUUUCCUUUACUGCUGGGAUCUGAGCGCCUGCAGGUUGGAUGUUACACAACCCUGGAUUACAUCAUUGGUGACACUGGGAUUGCCAAAGGGAAGCACUUCUGGGCCUUUCGUGUGGAAGCCUAUUCAUACCUGGUAAAAGUGGGAGUUGUUCCUAGCAACAAGAUACAGAAAUUGUUCCACAGUACCCAUGAUGUGACCAGUCCAAGAUACGAGCAAGACAGUGGUCAUGACAGCGGGAGUGAAGAUGCCUUCUUUGACUCAUCACAGCCUUGCACACUGGUCACUUUAGGCAUGAAGAAGUUCUUUAUCCCCACUACACCUGCUGCUCUCAAGGAUCCAGCAAGCAGAAUCCUUCCCCUGCCGUCAUGCUUGGGCAUUUGCCUUGACUGUGACAGAGGCAGGGUAGGGUUUUAUGAUGCAGGCCGUAUGAAAUGCCUUUAUGAGUGCGAGGUGGAUUGCUCUGGCAUAAUGUACCCAGCAUUUGCUUUAAUGGGUGGUGCUGCAGUUCAUCUUGAGGAAGCUGCCACAGCAAAGUACAGGGAGUACAAUGACGACAUCUAGUGCAGUGAUCUCUUCCCAUUGCUGUUCUGAGAUGGAAAAUGAAAGCAGAAGAAUUCUACCUUAGUUUUCAGUCCUGAUUAAUUAUAUUCUACCUACGUGUUGCUCACAA